CCAGGAGUCAUGGCACGACCCAAAAGUGGCGGAGACAGAUGCAGUCAUCAACGUCAUGAACAUAGGCAGGCACACGUGUGCCAAUGGCGGUGUGUUCUCCAGAUACUUCUGCGACCAGGCGCAGUGCUUCAAACUGCUGAAGUACGACUAUAAGGAUGUUGUUCCUACGGUAAUAAAAGACGAAGGCUUCCAGAGUGCCAUAGACGAGGUGACGAAGCAGGAAGUCACCAAGGAGAUGCAGGCCAAAGACACGGGCGGCGGGGACGCACAGUACGCGGCGUUGUAUAGGAACAUCAGGAAGAAGGUCGAGGCUCGCGCCUUGAGGGUGCUGAAUAACAUCAGCUCGGCCAUGUCCAAUGCUGUGCUCAAAUUCGUAGCCUGGGUGUGUCACAAAGCCAUUCGCCGCAUCGCCGGCGGCGGCUGCGGUACUCGCAUGGCGUGCGUCGAACGCCUCCGUCGUGCUAAGGCAGCUGGUCUGCCGCUGAUCUUCGUGCCCCUGCACCGCUCUCAUCUGGAUUACAUCCUGGUCACCUUUACGCUGUACCUGACUGGUCUACGGCCGCCUCUGGUCGCUGCAGGGGACAAUAUGAGGAUACCGUUCUUUGGUUGGUUCCUCCGAGGUUGCGGCGCAUUUUUCAUCCGCCGCCGCGUCGAUGGCUCAGACAAACAUGGCGACCCGAUCUACAAGUCUGCACUUAGAUCUUACAUCCUCAACAGUUUAGCUGCAAACAAUAACCUGGAAUUCUUCAUUGAAGGAGGACGGACUAGGACCGGCAAACCUCAGCCACCGAAAGCGGGCAUCCUCUCAGUUAUAAUGGACGCGUACCUAGACGGUACCAUAGACGACGCGCUUCUAGUGCCUGUAUCGUUGAACUACGACAAACUGGUGGACGGGAACUUUGUGAGAGAACAACUGGGAAUGCCCAAACAGAUGGAAACCUUCUGGUCGGCUUUGAGGGGCAUUUGGAGCACUCUGAACACCAACCACGGCAGUAUUAGGGUGGACUUCAACCAGCCUAUUUCUUUGAAGGAACUGGUGACGUCCUUCCAAAAGUACAACUACCUCAAGAUGCCUGUAGAGCGGCCUUUGACGCCGCCCAACAACAACAAUUUGGGCGUGGACCUCGACCACCGGAUCCUGUAUAACAACAGCCACUCCAGUCUGUUCGGUGCUGACGUCAGCGCGGAUCACAAGCUCAUGAUUGAGGCUAUUGGCAGGCAUUUAGUCUAUGACGCAUCUCAAGCCACAGCACUUAUGUGCACGAACGUGGUAUCGUACGUCCUACUCACAGAACACAGAUCGGGCUGUACUAUGAAGCAACUGCAGGCCAGUGUGGAGAACCGCGGUCAGAAACUUAGCCAGGCCGGCCGCGACCUCGGCUACACAGGAGACACCCCUGCCUUGGUGCAUCACGCUCUGGACAUGUUGGGCCGCGGGCUAGUGAGGCGGGAAGGCAGCGGAGACAAGCAGGUCAUCAAGCCUCAGCUUUCCAUAGCGGCUUCCAUAGAACUAGGAUACUACGCGAACACUGUGGGGGCACAUUACGCGCCUGCUGCUAUUAUGGCGACAGCAUUAGAGAGCAUUCUCCACCAGCCGGGCGCGGACCACCAGUGCGUGCGGCACACCGAAUUGCUCGACACGGCGCUGCAGCUGUGCGAGGUACUGCAAUUGGAGUUCAUCCUUGCUGCGCCUUGCACGCGCCUGCGAGAGACCAUGCUGCAAGCGCUCGACGCGCUCAUACACGCGCAAGUGUUACGCGCUAAUGAGAAAGUGGACGGUAUAGAGGAGCAGCGGUGGUCGCGGCGUCUGGCGGCGCGUCUCGAAGAAGACGACGAGGAGCGGCCCGACCCCACCGCGCACCUGCGGUAUACCGUCGGCUACGAUGCAGAAGCCAUUGCUGAACGCCGCCGCCUAGUGCUGACGAUCCGGCCGCUACUGGAAGCGUACUCGAGCACGUGCCGCGCGCUGUCGGGCACGGGCGGCUCGCAAAAGGAGCUCGUCAAACGCACGCUCGACCAGCUGGCCAACGACUUCACGCAGAACCGCAUGCCCUACGGCGAGGCGGUGUCUACGGACGCGAUUCGCAACUGCCACCGGCUGUUACGCCAGUGGGGCGUGCUAGAGAUGUACGAGGAGAAUAAAACUCGUUGCAUCCGCCUCGCGCCGCCCUACACAGACCCCGACGCAUUGCAACGCGUCGUCCACAACAUACACAAGUUCAACGUCGACGCCGCCAUCUUGCGCGACAAGUGAAGUGACCAGUGAAGUGCUGACUAGUAACGUGACGUAGUGCGGUGCUAACAGUUUAACGUGGCAGCCGGCGCGACUAGUGAAGUGCUAAAUCAAAUCACCUACUGCGACUAGUGAAAGGCCACCAAAUUAUAAUUUCUUGGCGGUAUCCAGCCAUCCUGCUAGUGAAGUGAGUGUGCGACUAGUGACUGUGAUCCAGUGAUCGGACGAGCGGGUCUCGACGCCGAAAUAACUGAGUGCGCGUUUUACAUAUCAGGUUUCUUUUUAGUCCAAAACGGUUCAGGUCUCGUACCCACAAUUGAUUAGUUGGACUCUAAACGAACUUUCCAAAGGAAAUUUUACAGAUUGUUCGUACAUUUGAACAGCUGAGGGGUAUUGUUGAUACAAUGCUGUAUUAUCAUGAUAAGUUUCCCUAAACUUAUGCACCUUGAUGAAAAUUUAGCUAUGUAUUGGAAUGUAAUUAUAGUUGUUUAUCUGCUAUGUGAUGUAUUUUUCCGUUAAAAUAUUUUUUACAGUUAUUAUUGAGUACAAUGACAAUGGUUCACGAAAUAUUGUAUGAUGAGGAGAAAUUUAAUAGUGUUUUGUGUGAGAUUCACAAAGCUCCUAUAUUUUUCCAACAAAUAGUGAAUGAAAGCGUUGUUAAUACCAUGUAAAUUACUCGAGGUGUUGCUCGAGGUGUUGUGUUAAGAGGUGGACAACUGUUGGGCUUGUUAUAUUUUAAGUUAGUCUAUUAAUUUAAAAUGUAUCAUUACAGAUUGGCCAAUAUAAUUUCGUGUGUCUUGCCAUCUGUAUUGACUGAUUAAUAUUGUUUGUUUUCCUGACUGUAUGUAUGCCUUUUAAAUCAGACAUAGUCUGUAUUUUAUAAAAAUGCUCACUGGUGCUAUACAUACUAAGAUAGUAUUAUAUGCAGAUAUAUUUUAAAGAAUCGCAUAAAAACAAAAGGAUUUUUAUUACAUAUUUGGUAAUUUUAGUAGAUCCUCUGUAUUUGAGUUAUUUUAUAUAUUACCCAAAUAUAUUUACUUACUUUUUUUUAAAUUUCAAAUCCAUGACAUUCUGCAUAAUAUCAUUAACUCAUGCUAACGCAUUUACUCUGGUAAAAUGAGUACAGUCAGAAAAAUAUAUCCAUGCAAAUAAAUUACAAUUAUUCAUAAGCGAAAUCAUACCACAAUGACAACGAUGGGAAUGUCUAAAUAUCAUAUAGUAACUGCUUAGUUCAAAGAGAACGAAAUCCCAUGUAAUUUUGACAAAAUAUUUUGAGUAAAUUUUUAUUUAAAAUAAUUUUAAGUAUUGAUUGAAAGCUUCAUGUAACUUUUUGUAGCAGUCGCAUUAGAAAUUGUAAUGGGAUUUUGGGAUUAUAAUA